AUGACUUCAUUACACACCUCGAUUUCUGCUUCCAAACAUCUAAACUCAAAGAAGAUAAGGAAUAACAAAAUGUUGCACAAGCUCAUAACUAAAUAGAAAAGUGAGCUAAUUUAACCAAGUAAAAAUAUACAGGAUUAUUUUAUUUAGAUCAUACCAAUCUUAUAAAGCAAGAGGAUCAGUUAUACAAAAUUACUAAUUUAUUCAGAGUUGCAGAAACUGACUAAAAAAAUAGAUAUAAAUGCCAAGCAUUGGGAGCAUUAUUAAUAGACAAAUUGUUAAAAAUGAGUUCAAUUAUAGAAAGGAAACAUGAUAAUGAAUCUUUUGAAUGUAGGCUAUCGUUCUUUAAUUAUAAUACUGAAGUGUAGAAUGAAUAUUUUUUAGAAUAUGAUUAAAUGAUGCAUUUCUAUGAGAGAUUACCUUUUGAGAUGAUAACUGAAAACAAUAGAAAUUCAUUUCAAAAUACUAUUGAAAAACCUUAUGAAUGUUGGAAUUUCUAAUUUAUUUAAGGGAGGUUAGUUGGAAUAUUAAAAAAAAUGAAUUAUGAUUUUCUUAGAUUGAUGGGCAUAAACGAAGAAAUUUUAGACGACUACAUACAAAAAGAGAGUUAAAUCCCAAUUUGUUGUGACAUUUAAUAGUUCAUUUAACUAAGAGAUGGAAUUUACUAUAAUUCCAGUUUAAUUAAUUUUCAAGGGGAAAUAUUCGAAUCUUAAAUAGAAAUAAAAAAAUUCCUUUAAACAAAUUCUUGUUAGCAGAUAUCUAAUUACUAUAUAUAUUUUAUAUAUAAUUGCGAUAGAAGUCAAUUAAAUGUUAAUAAAAUUGAGAAAAAUUACUUCACUUAUUUUUAAUAAUCAACGCUAUCUAUUGCAUCAUAAAUUUCCAUACAUAAAUCAAGAAUUAAGAAACCCUGCCUUGUAAAAUCAAUAAGAGAUUCUUAAUGA